AUGCUCCGAAGCGUGCCGCGGCAGCUGCGGAUCCGGGCGCUUCCUGGCAAUUUGCGAGUGAACGAGGCGGUGGCGCGUCAGGCGGCGCAGACGGCACAGCGUGCGGCGCCUGCGCCCGCCGCACCGAGCGUGGUCGAGCGACUGAGCGUGGCCGACGUGCCGAGCAACGUGCGCCUCGUGCCGUACGUCUCGCGCAAGAACCGCUUCUGGAAGGUGUCCAAAGAGCAGCGUGAUGUGCUGCGUGCCGAGCUUAAAGAGACCUAA